UGUAGCUUAAUCCCUAUUCAAGUGCAAGAAACAUCAAUGGCAGAAAAGGAAUCCAAUAGUGAAGAUGGAAGGUGGACUCUUCAAGGAAAAACUGCCCUUGUUACUGGAGGAACUAAAGGCAUAGGGCAUGCCAUAGUACAAGAACUAGCUGGUUUUGGUGCUAUAGUUUAUACAUGUUCUCGUAACCAAGUGGAGUUGGACCAGUGUUUAGAGAAAUGGAGAGGCAAAGGUUUCAAAGUAGAAGGAUGUGUAUGUGAUUUGACAUUGCGACCACAAAGAGAGAUGCUAAUGGAGAAGGUUAUCAAUUAUUUCGAGGGAAAGCUCAACAUUUUAAUAAAUAAUGCUGGUACGCUGAUAAUUAAGCCAGCAACAGAGUUCACUGAGGAGGAUUACUCCAUUCUCAUGAAAACGAAUUUUGAAGCUUCUCACCACAUCUCCCAAAUUGCACACCCCGUUUUAAAGGCAUCAGGAAGUGGAAGCAUUGUGUUUAUCUCUUCUGUUGCGGGGCUUGUCGCAUUGCCAACAAAUUCCAUGUAUUCAGCAACUAAAGGAGCAAUGAAUCAACUUACAAGGAACUUGGCUUACGAGUGGGCUAAAGACAAUAUACGAGUCAAUGCAGUUGCACCUUGGAUUAUCAAAACACCACUUAUCGAAGCAGCAGAGCAAGAUCCAGUGACUAGAGAAUUUAUUGAAAGAAGUAUUAGUAGAACACCAAUCUGCAGAGCUGGAGAGCCAAAAGAAGUUUCAGCAAUGGUGGCAUUCCUUUGCUUCCCAGCUGCUUCAUAUAUUACUGGCCAAGUUAUAUGUGUUGAUGGUGGACUCACAAUUAAUGGUUCAUUCUAACCACUCUUUGUGUUGAACACUUAUCGCUUAUGUACUCUAUUGAUAUGCAACAUCAACUUUUUUUAAUUUGUUUGAUGAAACCAAUUUUCGAUGUUUGCUUAUUUAAAAUUGAAAAUAUUUUGCUAGUCUACUCUAA